AUGGCAGAGAUAUUCGGAGCAGUCGCAUCUGGAAUCGGCAUCGCGGGCGUCGCUGCCCAAGCUAUUGACGGUAUACGAAAACUCCAGGCUUUUUGCAACGACAUUCGCGAUGCUCCUGAAGAGAUCAAAUACUUGACCAAUGAACUAGAGAUACUGCUGGGCACAAUAGCCGGCAUUGAAGCUCAAAUCCAGCGAAAUGCUUCCAUGUGUCAGAAUAUGAAUCCGACGCCAGCUUUGCGCUUUGUCGACCAAAGUGUGAGAUCUUUGAACGCCGUGAUCGAGAAGCUUAAUGCCGAGAUUGCGCAGAAAGGGACGCUGGGCUCGAUGACAAUGGCUUGGAAGAGAAAGAUUCUGGACGCACAGGGGCUAAUGAUCGUAGCNGAACUGUACCUUCAGACGGCCAUGAGGACUGAUACAAAGGUCGAUCAAUUGAGUGGGAGCGUAACAACAUUGACCAACUUUUGUCACACACGGCCCAUGGCCACGUUACAACCUCAAAUCAACGCCAGCCAGCAAACAGGACGCGGUCAACAAUUUCCUAUCGUCGACGACAGCCAUAGUCGCGAAGGGGUUCGAAAGAGGCCAAGGUCCCCAAAGAUGGUCUCAGCCUUAUCCUUCUCACUAGUGCUUCCCCACUGGCUCGCGCAGCUUUCAUUGCAAAUCAAUGUAUGCCGAGCAGCUCGAAGCUGGACUGUGACUCUGAGAUCCUACCGGACAAUUACGCGCGACUCCAAGAUCUGGGAGGCCAUCGGGUAUGGUGACUUCGACUGCGUGCGGGGUCUCAUCGAGUCUGGACAAGCAACAAUGUUUGAUCGGGACGAGUUUGGGUGGACGUUUCUACACUUAGCCAUCAGUACAUCGCCAAAUAAUCACGAAGCCUUGUUGCGCAUCGGUCGUUUCUCGAUUGACCAUGGCGCUGAUCCUAGCAAUUCACAAUCUCAGCAGGAGAAGCAUCUUUAA